GCGCGGGGGGCUCCGGCAGCCGCGCCGGGGCGAUGCUCUGACAGACGGAGCCGUGUAGAUAAAAACCGUGUGAUGGACACGCGAGUCCUGUCCCCCCUCGGCCCGGAGGGACGCAAGUGGUGCUGCUGCGGGUUUCUGCUGGUCUCCCUUGGUGACACGACUGGGAAUAGGGGGGGAUUGUUAUGAGCAACUCCUGAGAGAAUUUUUGUUAAUUACUGUUCGUGUCUAAUGGCUUUUAGUUAACCUUCUCGUAGUUUAAAUACCUUUUUGCUGAGAAGGCUUAAUCAGGACAAACUAGCAAGUCUUGCUCCCUCAGGACGGUGAGGCUUGUGCCUGUGGCAUGGAAAGAAUUUAUUUGGAAGAGAGGAAAAUAUUGUGAGGGCUCCUCUUCCAUCCUGAACCCAGAAAGUAGAAGGCUUAAGAAACAAGUUUUCUGACACUGUUACCUGAACUGGCUUCAGAUUGCAGAACUUCACAUGGUUUAUUCCUGCACGGCAACACUUUCUGAGUUACAGUCUGGUUACAGCGAUUAACUGCAACUUUUGCCUGAAAGGCUCCUUCCUUGGGCUGGUUGAGAGGUCUCAGGCGCUGCAGUUGUACCCAUGCAGUAUUUCUUCCUAAUUUCCCCUUGCAGUGUACUGCCUCUCUUCUCUGGGCAUGCUCUUUGAGGUAGCCAGCAUUGUGUGGCUUUGUCCAGUUCUUGGAAGUCUUUUUGCUUGUCUCAACAGCACGUGCUGUUAAUGUCUUAUCCCUGGAUAGUUGCUUCCUUGAAACUUCAGCACUAACCACACGGCUCACUUGGGGUGCUUGUGAGCACUUGGACACCCAGCCAGCUGAAGCCUGCUUGGAAAAUGGAGCUACCCAAAGUCCCAGCCACAGAGAGCUUGUUCUUUUGGAGGAUGGUUUAUUCCAUGGUGCAGCGAAUGUUUGUCAGAUUUGGAAGGAGUCUCAGUGCUGACAACUGGAGUACACAGAGUGAGGAUUCAAAGCAAGCAAGCAAGCAUUAAAACUUUGGGAUAACUUGUGACCUCUGAAGCGCCAGAUUUCUUCCUAGUGGACAGGCCGUUCGUGAAGUCACCCUGCUUUAAAGAUGCUUCCUGAAGGAAUUGGAUGAAUUCUGCAUUGGGAAAAUGAAUUCUGGAAUCUGAGGAGAAGGCCAACAAGAACAAGCUACCAAGGAUGACGAGCUGGCCCUGCAAGAUGCUGUCACGAUAGACUCCAGUGCACUCAAUUAGGAAGAAAAUUAUGUCAACUGAGAUUCUUCUCUGCCUGGUCACAGUUAUUUUGAAGCUGCAAAAAAGGAGUUGCAGGGAUCUUUGUUUGCUGGUGAAAGGCAGUAAUCAUGUUGAUGAGGUACAAGGAAGGAAGAAAGAAUAGCAACAUAUGUCUGAAAUUGUAGUUGCGAGGAUGGACAGAAGGUUCAGGUGCAAGUCCAUCCUAAGCUUUCCUCUACUGAAGAUGCAUUGCAGUACGUGGAGGAAUUAAUUCUUCAGUUGUUAAAUAUGUUGUGUCAAGCUCAACCAAGAAGUUUUCUGGAUGUAGAGGAUCGUGUCCAAAAAAGUUUCCCCCAUCCUAUUGAUAAGUGGGCAAUAGCUGAUGCCCAGUCUGCUAUUGAGAAGAGGAAACGAAGGAAUCCGUUAUCUCUUCCAGUAGAAAAAAUCCAUCCCUUGUUAAAGGAAGUUCUAGGCUACAAAAUUGACCACCAAGUGUCUGUUUACAUAGUAGCAGUAUUAGAAUACAUUUCUGCAGACAUCUUAAAACUGGUUGGGAAUUAUGUGCGGAAUAUAAGACAUUAUGAGAUUACAAAACAAGAUAUUAAAGUAGCAAUGUGUGCUGAUAAGGUAUUAAUGGAUAUGUUCCAUCAAGAUGUAGAAGAUUUAAGUGCACUAACUUUAUCUGAUGAAGAACCCUCCACCUCAGGGGAGCAAACCUAUUAUGACCUAGUGAAGUCAUUUAUGGCAGAAGUUCGACAGUAUAUAAGGGAACUGAAUCUCAUUAUCAGAGUUUUUAGAGAGCCAUAUGCCUCCAACUCCAAACUGUUUUCAUCUCAUGAUGUGGAAAAUAUAUUUAGUCGUAUAUCAGACAUCCAUGAACUUAGUGUGAAGUUACUGGGUCAUAUAGAGGACACUGUUGAAAUGACAGAUGAAGGUAGUCCUCACCCACUAGUAGGCAGCUGUUUUGAAGAUAUGGCAGAGGAACUAGCAUUUGAUCCCUAUGAAUCAUAUGCACAAGAUAUUUUACGACCCGGGUUUCAUGAUCAUUUUCUAAGUCAAUUAUCAAAGCCAGGAGCAGCAUUUUAUUUACAGUCAAUAGGUGAAGGCUUUAAAGAAGCUGUUCAGUAUGUUCUACCCCGGCUCCUCCUCGCCCCUGUUUACCACUGUCUUCAUUAUUUUGAACUGCUAAAACAAUUGGAAGAAAAAAGUGAGGAUGAAGAGGAUAAGGAGUGCUUGAAGCAAGCAAUAACUGCCCUGCUAAAUCUUCAAAGCAGUAUGGAACGGAUAUGCUCCAAAAGCCUUGCAAAGCGAAGGCUUAGUGAAUCCGCAUGCCGGUUCUAUACUCAGCAGAUGAAGGGGAAGCAGCUAGCAAUUAAGAAAAUGAAUGAAAUCCAGAAAAAUAUUGAUGGUUGGGAGGGUAAAGACAUUGGACAGUGCUGUAACGAGUUCAUCAUGGAAGGAACACUCACACGUGUAGGAGCAAAGCACGAGAGACACAUAUUCCUGUUUGAUGGCUUGAUGAUUUGCUGUAAGUCAAAUCAUGGCCAGCCAAGACUUCCUGGUGCUAGCAAUGCAGAAUAUCGACUCAAGGAGAAGUUCUUCAUGCGAAAGGUACAAAUCAAUGAUAAAGAUGACACUAACGAGUAUAGACAUGCUUUUGAAAUCAUCUUAAAAGAUGAGAACAGUGUUAUUUUUGCUGCUAAAUCAGCUGAAGAGAAAAACAACUGGAUGGCAGCAUUGAUAUCUUUGCAAUAUAGAAGCACGCUGGAAAGGAUGUUGGAUGUAACAAUGUUACAGGAAGAAAAAGAGGAGCAGAUGAGAUUUCCAAAUCCUGAGCUUUAUAGAUUUGCAGAACCUGACUCUGAAGAGAAUAUUGUGUUUGAAGAGAACAUGCAGCCCAAAUCUGGAAUCCCCAUCAUCAAGGCAGGAACUGUUGUGAAGCUCAUCGAGAGGCUGACAUACCACAUGUAUGCAGAUCCCAACUUUGUUCGGACUUUUCUCACAACAUAUAGAUCCUUCUGUAGACCUCAAGAGUUGCUGAGUUUGCUAAUAGAAAGAUUUGAAAUUCCGGAGCCUGAGCCAACAGAAGCCGACCGUAUUGCCAUGGAGAAUGGAGACCAACCCCUUAGUGCGGAGCUGAAAAGGUUUAGGAAAGAGUACAUUCAACCUGUGCAGCUACGAGUAUUAAAUGUGUGUCGACACUGGGUGGAGCACCAUUUCUAUGACUUUGAAAGAGAUGCUGACCUUCUGAAACGUUUGGAGGAGUUCAUUGGAACAGUAAGAGGCAAAGCCAUGAAGAAGUGGGUUGAAUCCAUCACAAAGAUAAUCAACAGGAAAAAGCAGGCACAAGCCAUUGGGCCAAGCCACAACAUCACUUUCGAGAGCCCCCCUCCAGCAAUUGAGUGGCACAUCAGCAAACCAGGCCACACAGAGACUUUUGACUUGCUCACUCUGCAUCCCAUAGAAAUCGCUCGGCAGCUCACUUUACUGGAGUCAGAUUUUUACAGAGCUGUGCAGCCAUCAGAACUAGUUGGAAGUGUGUGGACAAAGGAAGAUAAAGAAAUUAAUUCUCCCAACCUUCUCAAAAUGAUAAGGCAUACAACUAACCUAACUCUGUGGUUUGAAAAAUGCAUUGUAGAAACAGAAAACCUAGAGGAAAGAGUAAUUGUAGUGAGCCGGAUAAUUGAGAUCCUGCAAGUUUUUCAAGAGCUAAACAACUUUAAUGGUGUCCUUGAGAUUGUCAGUGCUAUGAACUCCGCAGCAGUUUAUAGGUUGGAUCACACAUUUGAGCAAAUUCCAAGUCGCCAGAAGAAGAUCUUAGAAGAAGCUUAUGAGCUGAGUGAGGACCAUUAUAAGAAAUACUUGGCAAAACUCAGGUCCAUUAAUCCUCCUUGUGUGCCUUUUUUUGGGAUUUACUUAACCAACAUUUUGAAAACAGAAGAAGGCAAUCCUGAAUUUCUCAAGCGCCAUGGGAAAGACCUUAUAAACUUCAGCAAGAGAAGGAAGGUGGCUGAAAUAACAGGGGAGAUCCAGCAGUACCAGAACCAGCCAUAUUGUUUAAGAGUGGAAUUUGACAUUAGGAGAUUUUUUGAAAACCUGAAUCCAAUGGGAAACAGCGUGGAGACAGAAUUUACAGAUUAUCUCUUCAACAAGUCACUGGAGAUAGAGCCACGAAAUGUCAAGCCUCCUCCAAGAUUUCCCAAGAAGUACAGCUACCCUCUCAAGUCCCCAGGUGUUCGUCCCUCUAAUCCAAGGCCAGGUACCAUGAGACAUCCCACACCCCUGCAGCAGGAGCCAAGGAAAAUCAGCUACAGCCGCAUCCCCGAGAGCGAGACGGAAGCCACGGCGUCGGCCCCAAACUCGCCGCGGACCCCGCUGACCCCACCCCCUGCCUCUGCCACUUCCAGCACCACGGACGCCUGCAGCGUCUUCGACUCGGACCCCUCCAGUCCUUUUCAUACACGAUCUGCUUCUGUAUCAUCCAUAAAUUUCGCCAAAACUUCAGAUGAUGCUCCUGUCCCUCCUCCUGUUCCUCCACGAAGAAGACCAGAAUCUGCCCCAGCUGAAUCCUCCCCAUCAAAAAUUACUUCUGCACACCUGGACAACCCACCAGCAAUCCCUCCUAGGCAACCAACCUCUAAAGUGUAUUCUCCAAGGUACUCGGUGCCUGAUCGGACCUGCAUCUCUGACUCCUGUGUUACCACUGCAAACCCCCCCGAGUUACCGCCACGGGAACCUGUGCGAACUCCAGAUGUUUUCUCUAGCUCACCACUACACCUCCAGCCUCCACCCCUGGGGAGAAAAAGCGAACUUGGUAACACCUUUUUCCCAAACAGCCCCUCUCCCUUCACGCCCCCUCCCCCCCAGACACCUUCUCCACAUGUAGCACGGAGGCAUCUGCCAUCGCCGCCUUUGAUACCGCAGGAUGUGGACCUCCCUUCUGUUGCUGGACCACCCAUUCCUCCACGACAAAGCACUUCUCAACAUAUCCCAAAGCUUCCUCCAAAAACUUACAAAAGGGAGCACACGCACCCAUCGAUGCAUCGGGAUGGGCCGCCCUUGCUGGAGAACGCCCCCUCCUCCUGAACUGUCCCUCGCGCUGGGAGUCGCAUUUUCCUGGUGCUAUGUCUGUUGCUGGCAAUGGAUGCACUGAACCUGGUGGUGUCAAGGAGUUGGGAUGUGUAUGCCAAACACUAAGAACUCUCCAAUGCGUUGGAAAUGUAGUGUACAGAAAUGGAAUUGCAAAAACAGACUUUCUAGUGGAAAACCCGGUUAACUUGCUAUUCUUGUUUUAGUAUGCAGGACUUUGUUCUAAAGUAAUUGGACAGCUGAUUGUACCAGAAAACAGUCUGGAGAGACUUCUUUGGCCAAUGAGCAGAGACUGUGUUUGUGUAAUGAUCAAUAAUGUCCAGUACAGGAAGGAAAAACAGUCUUGUAUCCAUCAGUUCCAUACAGUGGCACAGUUUUCGGAAUGAAAACAUUAUGCACUUUUUUUAAAUCUCAAACAGGGAACUUUAUAUCCUUCUUAAUUUUCCUUUGCUUUACUUACUCCCUGCUUUAAAAUACCUUCCUAAAAUUAUGAGAAGGACUGUGAGGAAGAUCUGUGGUACCUAACCAAGCUAGAAUUAAGGCAAAGCACUGUAUUGCGGUCCUGUUUACAAGUUGUUACAAUGAGUAGUAGGGGGGUACCUAGGCUUCACCAAAGAGGUACUUUAUUAUUAUUUUCUGAAAUACUGUGGUGCCAGUUCAAAAAUAAAUUUUUGCCAGGAAGCGUAAUGUCUAAUUAUUGCUUUCUUUAGAUAGAGCUGAUGAAAGUCUUACAUCAUUAAGGUGACAGCGAAUUUUUUUUUUUAAAGCAGCACUAUCAUCUGAAGCAAAUAUACUACAUUUAGAAGACUGUUAAUCUCUGCUAGGUUAUGUCAUGUUCUUUUUAAGGUUUACUGAUAAUCCAUUUCAUGGCUAGUAGCUAUUCUUUUUCAGUCAUGCCAUGAAAACAGUCACUUGUCAACUUCCAUAGCUAUUGUCAUGUUUUACUAACAAUAGAUUAAUCAGCAUACAUAGGAUUGCCUUGCAGUUGCAUAAAUCGUGUGUAUAUAGUGAAUGUUGCAUAAAUAUACUUGCAGAUUGUUUUUAAUUUAAUUGAAAUAAAGAUAAAGAUAUGUUUGGCUGA